CUGGAAUCUGGAUAGUCGUAACUAUGCUACCGUCUAGUGUGGUAGUGGAAUUGUUAGAGUCAAACUAGACCGUCGCAGGACGUCGUAAGUCUCAACUAAAGUAUCUGCAGUAUUACAGUGAGAGAAAUCCGCAGCCAUCCACUGCAUCCAUCCACUGGCAUCACCAUACCGGCCACCUUCACUGCACCAUAGCACCUUCUCGUCCUUCCUCGUUAACAGUGUUUCCAUUGCAAACAGCCUGCGUCGCAACUAUUUGUCUCUCCCUUGCAUCCUAAUCUGCCUUGUCACUCGUUUACCAACGCACAGCUGUUGCGCAAAAAGCCUCCGAAUUCCCGCUGUGACUCUGGGGUGAGCCAAUCGUCGACACCGGACAAGCUCUCUUGCAUUGCACAUGCAUAUGCCUGUGGGUGUUACAAUCAGUCUGCCCGCGACGACAUCCUGGUCAUAGGCAAAAGCUCGUCCCCCGCAACAUCUAAUACCUCAUGUUCGGUUCAUGAGAACAGAAGCCUUCCACCAUUUCGCCAGCCAUGCCCUUCUUUAGAGACCUACGCCGGCGAUCAAAAGCUAGCUUUCGAACUUCCGACUCCUCAACCGAUUCCAAAAGUACCGUCCCAACGGCAAAAUCCUCUUCUACCCUAAACUCCGCCCCCGGGAGCACCACGCCGCCGUCCACAUAUCAUGCGAACGGUUCAGCCUCGAAUGUAUUGGCCGCCGUGAAGACAAAUGGCGAUACCCCUCCACCGGUGCCUCAGCGGCCCAAUGUUACCUUGCCAAAUUCCAACCGGAACAGCAUGAUAACAUUAUCACCGUCGGGUUCCAAUGGCACGAUGCGGGUUCCAAUGCCUACGUCGGCCUUUGCGCCGAAAAUCACCUCUAUAUUGGACAAUUCAGUGGUUCACAACAAAGUGCUGCUGAUCUACGGCGAGAUUGGAGACCCCAGCCAGAAAGCAAUCGAUGGUAAUUUGACUGUGCACCACGAUAAAGACGGUCAAUCAUUUCCUCCCACCAACUGGCCAGUCUCCGAUUCAUACUUCAAGGCCUUGGUCUACCUUUCGCCCGGGUGGAAUAAGAUCCGGUUUGAUUUCACUUCGCCCAAAUUGAGCUCAACGAGCACCGGGUCAGCCCCUACGAUGCAUUCGUCCUACAUCAUGUUGAACUACCUGCCAUUGAACAACGCACCUCCGCUACAGCUGGUUAUCCUUGCCGGCAAGGACUCUCCAUGCACGUACGACGCAGUUCCGCAGCGGAUCCAAAACGAGGGCAACGAUCUCCAAAUGGCCAUACGGAAAUUCCGCAUGGCUGCGCACUUGUGGCAGGCUUUUACAGCCGAACAAAUGUACAGACAAAAGUUCGGGCGGCGGUGCUUCCGUUUCGAGGAGGAAUGGCAAACCGGGACUCUGUCCAUGCGGGAUUGGGAAACGAAUCGGUUGAAGAACGAGACCAGAGUCCAUGUGAUCCGGUCGGACAAGACUACUGCUGAGUUACGCGACCUACAAUAUGCCCAACAGUACGGACCGGCGGAGAAGAAAGGCGACCUUUAUUCCAUUGCCGCGGAAGCAGUAAAGAAAUACUACAAUAUCAGACCGGGCCAGAAGCAGUACGUUGCUUGUCUUCUUCUCGACGCCCAUUGGGAUUCGGAAGUUGGAACAAUCAGGGGGCAUGCUGCUUUAGGCGGUACAGGAGACGAUCUGGGUCUUGCCAUUUUCGGUUCUCAGGCCCUCCAGAGCUACCCAUCAUGCAUUGAGGAAGUUGUGCCUGCUUUCACGGACUGCACGCCAACAGAUACCAGAUUUGUGGCUAACGACUGCAACGAGUGCGGUAGCAGUUGGGAGGCGGCAAACAUUGGGAUCGGCGCACACCUCCAUGAGGUUGGUCACUUGUUCGGGUGUCCUCACCAAGAAAAUGGAGUCAUGUUGAGAGAUUACGUGCGCCUGAAUCGGACUUUCGUGAUCAGCGAAGCCUAUUCAACCAGGACCAAGUCUCAAGGGCUCAAAGUCUGUCGUCUGGAGGACGAAUGCGGCUGGCACCGAUUAGAUGUUCUCCGGUUCCGACACCAUCCCUGCUUUAAGCUCCCGGGCGACGAGCCUUUGUCUCAAGAUGACAGCAUCCAAUAUUUCCCGGUCGGGAAUGGACGCAUAAUUUGCUCAGCUGCUACAGGAAUCUCCUUUGUGGAGAUCUGGAUAGAAGGAGAUGACCUAUGCAGGCACUGGAUUGACUUCAACAAUGCGGACCCCCGGCUUAACAGCCUCCCUAGGCAGGUGACCUUGGUUGAGACCGACAUCCGAGGGCGACUUCCUGAAGACAAGAGAAAGGCCAAACUAUCUCUCACAAUCUUUUGCGGAGGGUCACGCAACGAGAAAAUCGAGGAUCUGGACGAGCUUUUGUCCAAAAAGUACAUUGUCAACCUUCCACCGCUCCGGCAGGCACCCAAGCGUGACGAAGGGCUGACUAUGAACGCCUACAAUAAUAUGCUGAAUAUACACAAGUCGUUUGACUCCCGCCUCGGAUUCAAGAGCAAGAAACUGGGCCAAUCUGCGCUAGAAGGCUCGCAACCGGAAGAAUUGAUCCUGGACUGCGCCAAUAUCCAAACGAAGCUUCUUAGAUCUGUGAGAGUGUAUCACGGGUACGCACUUGAUGGAAUUGAAUUCCGUUAUGAAGACGGCCAUAGCCAAUUGUUCGGUAAACGAGGGGGCAAGCCUGGUGGGGACGAGUUUUUCCUCGAUACCCGUCGUGGAGAAACGAUCCUUGGGUUUUAUGUACGAGCUGGCUUCUGGAUUGACGGAAUUGAGAUUUUGACCAGUACUGGCCGAAGGUCUGGAGUUUUCGGCAACCCCAAUGGGGGCUCUGGGCAUACGUUGAUGGCGCCUCGUGGCUACAUCAUUGCCGGCAUUGCAGGUUCUUGUGGCGCAUGGAUAGACGGGUUUCAAAUCAUUAUUACACGGUGAUUUGGGCAAUCCCUUUUCGACGAAUACAACAAGUGUGAUCCGGCAUAGAACAUCGAAUGGAGACAUCAAUGAAUGGGUAAUGAAAGGAUUGCAACCACCAAGACAGACUGGCACUCUAAUACAGCUGGAAUCUGGCCGGGUGGACAACACCAUAACAGAAAAUACAUAAUGUUUCAUGUUUAUUACAACGGACAGGACAGUUGCAAUGGCAAAGACCAGCCACGCAUACGACUAUGGCAGGGAAAAUGACAGGCCAGGAAAUGGGGGCCUCGAGGCAGGAGCUCAGUCACCGAACCACUGGAAUGCAAGAAUGACAACGGAAGAUUUUGGUCACAGCGGCUUGCGACGAGCGCGUGGAGCUAAUACUUAUUUUCUAAAUCAUGAAGCAUGUGUAUACCCAUUGCUGUCGCGAUGCCCACGGGGCUUCAGUUGUGCUCGCCAAUUGAGCCGGUGAUUUGUCCUGGCCGUGGUGAUAGCCAGGGGCCGGGGAAUACGCGCGAAUGCUAGUAUCGAUAUACAUACCACAUGCAGUGGGAGAGUGGGAGCGCGGCUUUGACCCGAGAAAUGGUGUUAAUGGCAAGAUGAUACUAAUUCAAAAGUCCCUGAAAGGCAGAAAAGUGAAUCAUUCUGCCUGCAGGCAUGCGGUUCUCCAAAAUGGGUUUUUUUUUCUCUUCAAGGCUUACUGACACAAUAGUUGAAGUGCGAAAUGCUCAGGAUGAACUCAGCUGCUCGC